AGAAUUUCGUAGGGGUCACAAUUGAUAUAGCCAAAAUUGUGGGUUUGAGAUAGGAAUUCAUUUCUUGAGCGGAAAGAAGAGAUUCGCAAGAAUGAGUACCAUGAAAUUUUGCCGCGAAUGCAACAACAUUCUGUACCCAAAGGAAGACAAGGAGCAGAAGAUCCUCCUCUAUGCAUGCCGUAAUUGCGAUCACCAGGAGGUUGCUGACAACAAUUGCGUGUACAGAAACGAAGUGCAUCAUCCUCUUGGUGAGCGCACACAAAUCUUACAUGAUGUAACUGCAGAUCCAACGCUCCCUCGCACAAAAUCUGUGAAAUGCUCUCAAUGUGGUCAUGGAGAGGCCGUCUUCUUUCAGGCAGCUGCUAGGGGAGAAGAAGGAAUGGCUCUGUUCUUUGUUUGCUGCAACCCUGCCUGUGGCCACAGGUGGAGGGAGUAAUAUUUUCGGGCUAAAAUAUGAUUGACUACUUGUGUACAAUUACUAUGCUUCCGCCCAAAUUCCUCAAUUACUAUGUAUUUUCUCAGUUAUUCCUCAAUUACUAUGCAUUUUCUUAAUCCCGCCCAAAUUCAUCCAACCUCCCUUCGCAUGCAAUUUGUGUAUUUU